UUAGACAUAACAUGGUAAGACCGUAAGAGUGUAAGUUUUAAUAGUCAUAGUGAUGUUACGUUAUGAAAGUUUUGACAGUGACCGCUCGUCAUCGUCCGAUAUUUCCAAUUCGUCAUGGUUCAGUUAUUCAAGCGAUCUUCCCUCAGUGUUUGGUGAUGAGGCAAAAGAAAGACCUUCUAAAAUAAACCCUGGAAUGCUCCGAAAUUCUGCCCAACAACUCGCUAAGUUUUCUGCCAAACAACAUUAUCCGAAAUUCACUCCGUCCAGCGACGCCUGUAGAUGCUCGAUGUUACAUUGGGCCUGUUAUGUCGGAUGGUGUUUAUGCAAGUAUCAAUAUCAACCGUUGACACCACUCCACCUGCUGCCCAAUACUGCAAUAAUUGGCGGAAAUUUAGAAUAUGCAACCUCUCGUAAGCUUUCGGAGGGUAGAGUACACUCUGAUGAAGGAACACGUGGCCCUAGCAAAAAUCGUCCUCAAACAGAGUUAAAAUAUUCUUCCACGAAGGACGAGGAACUUUAUUUAAUAGAAACGACUGUGUGACGAAGACAGUACUGACUUUACUUUACUUUAGGUUUUAUUUCUUGUUUUAUGUUUCUUGACAAUUACUUUAAACACAGUAAAGAUGACGUAUUAUAAAAUGACCGCCACAGCAGAGAAGAUUCUAGACGUUUAAAACAACCAUGACUCAGAGUCAAUACCUCACUAUAAAGUCGUUGUUUUAUAUUUCCACCACCGAAAAGACCUACAUUUUAAGUAGGAAUAUCGGGCGAACUCUGUUCUGUAUCCGAAGAUUUGCCAAAGAAUCUUACCCAUUUCGAAUAGAACACUCUAACUUCAUGUUUUAAGCUGCUAAAGUUUUGUUUUUACAUUGCAUUUUUUCUGCGUUUGAAUUUGUUUUUAUAAAAGAACGUCAUCUUCAUUACUGUGUACUUGGUUUCGUUUAAGCUGCUGGCAAUGAAUACGUUUAAUCAAGAUCAUAAUAAUUCAAUGAUUGCGACAACAAACUGCGACAAAAAUAUAUACAAACAUUAAA